AUGGUAGAGUUUGCCAUCAACAACUCGGUGCAUGCGUCCACGACACAUACACCGUUUUACGCGAAUGGCUUGCGCCAUCCGCGUGUACCCACCUUACUAGAGUGUAACUCUGGUUUAAGGGGGGGAGGGACUCGCGCGAGCAAAAACCGAUUUGGUUCACGCUCAUCACGCUCUGACGAAGAAGUCAUUGCGUUUGAUGCCGAUAUCGAUAACAUCGAUAUCGAAGAAGAUGAUGCCAGUGAGAGUGCGGAAGCCCUCACUGAAGAAGAUGAUGCCAGUGAGAGUGCGGAAGCCCUCACUGAAGAAGAUGAUCCCAGUGAGAGUGCGGAAGCCCUCACUGAAGAAAAGAUUGAUGUUGCUGCAGUGCGCUGUGAGCGCACUGAAGCUAACGAGUCAUCAGAUGAGUUCAUACUGGCUCGUGAAACGGUAGUCCGUUUUGUGCAAGACUCCAUCGCCGAAGCAGUGGAUAAGCAAAAGCAAAACACAGACAAGAAUGGAAGGGCAAACAAUCUUUUAUUUAAUAAAGGUGACUUAGUCCCUACUGUCUACGAUUAA